AUGAAUAAUUCAGACAUUAACAAUCAGCAAUCAAAUGUGAACAUUAACCCUAAAUAUUCUAUCCCAUUUAAAAAGCCACUUUACUUCAAAUUCAAGGAUGUUAUUGCUAAAAAAUUUAAUCCAAUUAAACCAAAGCUUCCACUUUUCUUAAAAAAUAUGCAUGUUACGAUAAAUCAAAAGUUAUUUAUUAUUGCAGUUGUUACCACAUAUGUUGUUCAAAAUACAUUAGGUAUUUAUAAUUUUGACUUUUUUAGAAGUCAUUGGUUGA